AUGGACAAUGCACCCCAGGAUCAGCCCGUGGAACACGUGACUUAUGAAUCGUCACGUGCUGGAUACCCGCCCAGGACGCUAACUCCAGCCGAGCCCGGCUAUGGAGUGGAUUUGGAAAUGCUUUGGACGGACAUGAACGACUCUUUCUUCGAUUCACCACCGGAGCCCGCAUUCUACAUCUCCAACAUUACUGAGUGGAGAAAAGAGAUUCCUGCACCCAUUGUUUCCGCGCCGGACUUUCCUUUCUCUUCAGACAUCCAGGACAUGAACACCUCAGACUUCUUCGACUUGAAGGAUACUGUUUCUGAGUGCAGCAUGGACAGCGCAUACCAAAGCCAGAGUGGCGCCAGCCGGCGCGGACCCAGCAAGCCUGAGAUGAGCCGCCAGGACAGCCAAGGCCAGAUGAGCAACCACUUUGUUGGCAGCGACAUCUACUCACCAACCAUGAGCUCCGACAACUUCAGUGCUUUCCCAGACACCCUGGACAUGAGCCACGUUCAUCAAUCCAUAUCUGGAUCAUGGGAGCCAACGGAGGGACCCCUCGCGUAUGCUAAUUACUCUUCAGCUCAAGACUACACCCAAUACUCGACAUCGAACAUGACGCGAUUCACACCCUCCUCUCUCAACGACUCGCCGCAUUGGCCAACUGCCGACGCGCAAUUCCAGAACAACACAUUUGCCUUUGCAUCAUGGCCAUCGCACCAUGGAAACGAUGCCAUGUUCAGCACACCCUCGUCCCAGCGCCACUGGCAGAGUGCUUCGAUGGAUGCUUCCGAGCGUCCUUCUGCCGCACGCUACUCAUACAACCUUCAGGGAGAGUCACGGAGAGCAUCUGCACAGGACUCGAGCUUCGGUGCAUUCGUCGGCACACCAACCAGCACUACCAGUGUGCACUUCCCUCAAGUGGAUCUUGACCAGUCAAGACUUGGCGACAGUGAGAACGAUGAACUGAAGAUGAAGAUUGAAUCUGCACCUCAAUCGCUAGAUGGACACGAGGACACUCUCUCCCAGUCCGAGGCUGCUGAGACCAAGCUUGAGGAGGAGCGCACAAAGGUCGCCCGCAGCCACCCUCUGUACCAGCAAACCCCAGACAAGGACGGCAAGUACCACUGUCCCGAAGAGGGCAAACCUGGAUGCAGCCACAAGCCGACAGCACUCAAGUGCAACUACGACAAGUACGUCGACUCGCACCUCAAGCCUUUCCGCUGCAACAAGAAGACGUGCGUUGGUGUGCAGUUCUCUUCUACUGCAUGCCUUCUCCGCCACGAGCGCGAGGCGCACGGUAUGCACGGCCACGGUGCUCGUCCACACUUGUGCCACUUCAGGGACUGUGAGCGAGCUGUGCCUGGCCACGGCUUCCCCCGUCGCUACAACCUCUUUGACCACAUGAAGCGCGUGCACCAGUACGAUGGCCCAACGACUGAGCCCUCGCCGCCUAUGCAGGGACAGACUGCUCGCAAGUCUUCGACUCGCAAGCGCAAGGCUACGGCUGAGGAGUCUGGCGAGAAGCGUGCCAAGGUGGUCAAGCUUACUGCCGAGCAACAGCGCCAGCAGCGUCGGGAGGCCCUCUCCAAGGAGUUCCUCACCAAGAAGCAGCACAUCAUCGAUGUGUUGACCAACCUGAGCAACCCAAGUGACCUUGGCGACGACAUCCAGCUGACAAAGGAGGUUGUUGGCCUUCACGACAUCUGUACUCAGUACCGGGAUGUCUUUGGCGGCUGA